GGCUGGUGUGAGUGACGUCGAAGUCCCGCGCCGGGGUGAUUCCGGAAGAAGCGGACCGCGGCGUGGACAUGGGGAAACAAAAGAAAACAAGAAAGUAUGCGACCAUGAAGCGAAUGCUUAGUCUCAGAGAUGAGAGACUCCCCCAGCAUCCUUCCUGCUUAUUCUUCCAGUAUAAUACACAGCUGGGCCCACCUUAUCAUAUCCUGGUUGAUACCAACUUCAUCAACUUUUCCAUCAAAGCCAAAUUGGACUUGGUACAAUCAAUGAUGGACUGUCUGUAUGCCAAGUGUAUCCCUUGUAUAACUGAUUGUGUAAUGGCAGAAAUUGAAAAAUUGGGACAGAAGUAUCGAGUGGCCCUAAGGAUCGCCAAGGAUCCACGGUUUGAACGCUUACCUUGCGCACAUAAAGGGACCUACGCAGACGACUGCUUGGUGCAGAGAGUAACUCAGCACAAGUGUUACAUUGUGGCCACAGUUGACCGAGACCUUAAACGGAGGAUCCGGAAGAUCCCUGGAGUUCCUAUCAUGUACAUUUCUAAUCACAGAUACAACAUUGAACGGAUGCCAGAUGAUUAUGGAGCCCCUCGAUUCUGAUUCUUAUAAGACAAAGUUCCUCUGCCUCCUUCCAACCAACUUUUUGGUUUCAGUUCA